AAACAGGUAAAACCAGAUGGAUAAGGAAGCUUUGCAGUGAGGCUGCCGCCCAUUAUCACCUGAACUUGUUGCUUGAGCCUGGAAGCACAACAUUGUCCAAGCCUCCCAAACACCUUCCAGUCCUGACUGGAAACCCCAGGUUUAGAAAAGCAUUGCAGAUGGGCACAGCAAGGCAUGACCGAGAGAUGGCAAUCAAUGCAAAAAAAAGCCUGUCCACAAUCACUAGCCCUUUAGAAAGACUUCGCCUGCACUGUUUAGCAAAGGGAUCUGCAGGCAUCAAAGGACUUGGCAGAGCAUUUAGGAUUAUUGAUGGUAACAAUAGCAGAACCCUUGAUUUCAAUGAGUUUCUGAGAGGACUACGUCAUUAUGCUGUGAUGAUCAAUAAAGAAGAAGCACAAGAGCUUUUCCAGAUAUUUGAUAAAGACGGCAGUGGAACAAUUGAUUUUGAUGAAUUUCUUGAUACACUGAGACCUCCCAUGUCCAAUGCAAGAAAAGAGAUUGUCAUGCAGGCAUUUCAGAAGUUAGACAAGACUGGAGAUGGUGUCAUAACAAUUGAAGACUUACGUGGGAUGUAUAAUGCAAAAUAUCAUCCCAAAUACCUAAAUGGAGACUGGACAGAAGAUCAAGUUUUUAGAGCCUUUCUGGAUAGUUUUGAUUCACCCUAUGACAAAGAUGGGAAGGUCACAACAGAAGAAUUCAUGAACUACUAUGCCGGAGUCAGCGCUUCAAUAGAUACAGAUGUCUACUUUAUCAUCAUGAUGAAAAAUGCUUGGAAACUCUAAUCAUAUAGUUAAAGAAGCAAGACUUUUCUUUCACCUUUUAUAGGUUCCUCUGAUAAAGUGGAUAACAUAACAACACCCUCUUGUUCCAUAACAACAGUUUCCAGUAACUGUGCCAAUUACUUUCAAUCUGCAGAAUUAAUUCCCAGGUACUUCAGUAGGCUCAGCCUCAGGGGAUCAGAGCAGAGAGUAGAUCUGGCAUUUGGCCACCCCACACAUCUGUCCUUUUUCUCUUUUCAUCCCUGGUAUGCCUUUUCUUUUCUGAGAUGAGCUGUUCUUUUAUUUUCUGUCAUCUGCAGUAGGUCGCUCUGGCUCCUGAUCAUCCCCUUUGCAAUGUUAGAUAUAGCUCUGCUUUGCAGAGGAUGGAAGAGAUGGUGUCUUGGUUUAGGGCAAAUUUGGGAGAAAACAUCCAAAGGGGGCCCCUCCACAAACUAACCCACACAGCCCCUCCCCCCAACUGGAUCAGGAAGGAUUCCUCAGAGACAAGUGGAAAGAACCUGUUUAUUUAACAGGCAAAGCACCCCUCAGGACACAAAAUGAACAAUACCAGAUGACAACACUCUUUCACCGCUCUGAAAGAGAUGACAAAUUCAGAAAGUCUCUCCUGGGAGUGGUCACUCUGUUAUCAUUCCCUCCGGAAUGGCUGCUGCAGGCCACAAGGUGCAAACUCUUGGUGUUUCCCAGGUCCCAGUCUGGAGCAGGCUUGAGUGGUUCCAAGAAAAGGGAAAGAAAAACAGUCCAGGGAAAAUUCAGACUGCCUAGCUAAACUAACUAACAAGCAAAAGCAAAAGCAAGAGCAAAUCAGGAGCAAGAGCAAAUCAGGAGCAAGAGCAAAAGUGAAAGCAAGAGCAAAAAGCAAAAGCUGUGCUAUGUACUGCACCGUCUGUGUCCCGCUGACUGUGGGGAGUGAGCAGGCUGACACCACAACAAAACAUUCGCUCUUCAGAGCCAGUCUUGAAGGCACAGAACAGAAUAUCCAGCAUAAACAGAACACACAGUUGGGGAUACAAGCAUGAUUAUGUCACCCUAGGACAGAUGGAAACCAAAAUAUUCUGAAGUGUGGUGGUCUUGGACAGGCUGUUAUAAAUGGAAGGAAGUCUGUCCCAAGAGGGUCAUGUAGACCUGUCACCUGUAACACUGCAGUAUCUCUUGGCUUCGUGGGUCUCACUAGUGUGAUAGAGCAUCUGCUGAUCUUGCUGCUGGGAACAUGUGAGUUCCCAGUACCAGGAGGCUGGAGGGGCAAUCAAAGACAGGGAGACAUGGACCAGGAUAAAUCCAAAAUGCUUUUUAAAGCCCUGGUUUUUAUCCUGGCUCAGGAUCAUUUUGAUUAUGAGAUCAUUUUACUUCUAUUUUUCUUCAAAGGGGAUACAUGUGUUACAAUAUUUUUUUCUCUCUGUUCCUGGAAUGUUUGCUGACCUGUAUGUAUGUAGCUGUUGCCUGUACAUACCUACACUGAAAGUUGUUUACUACUUAUUUGUAUUUGCAGUGUUGCAUGACCAAGAUAUGACUUCAGAGAGCUUUCCAAAAAUGAAGAACUCAUAACUUUCUUAUCUUGUUGUCUUCUGUUUCUGAUGCUGAAUAAAGACUGGGAACCUACCCUUUUUGUCACAUCAGUGAGGUUGUCUCAAUUCAUCUUUUGUCCUUUGUCCAUACAGACAGGGCAGAAAUGGUAUACAAAGGAAUCUGUGAAAAAAAAUUCCUGAAAAAACUUAGUGUGUGAGCGUGUGGUGUCUAAUUUUUCCUGCUUUGAUACCUUUUCCUUUUCUUUCUACUUUCUGCUCCUCUCUCAUCAUUUUGCUGCUCUGCCAGACUGAGAAGCUGCUGCUGUAGCAGAGAGUAAAUGCAUUGUGCAUGGCAGCAUUUGCUCCAUUUCAGGCUGGCAGCCAGCUAAAAGCAGUACAGGGUUAUAGAAUGGACUUCAAAACAGCCUUUCUCAUGAAGUUGCAGCUCUUAGUCUGGGUUGCUAGCAGUUCAAACACUGAAGUCCUGAGUGCUUGCUGCUCUGAUCCUCUGCAAACCCUAUUUUAAUUUUGUCCGGCAAUGAGCUCAGUAUGAGCAAUAGCUGCUUGCAACUCCUUAGUGAAGGUUGUGCAAACUCUGUUAGUUUCUUGACCAGUAAGACUCUGGAAACUUGUAUACUGGCUGACACUGGAAACUGGUGGAGAAACUCUCAGUAUGAUAGCCAGCCAUCAUAAGAGGAGCCUUUACUUACUGUAAUGUUACUGAAGUGCCUAUAUAUAUGAAAAACAAACUCACUAUCAAAUAGGGGCCAUACGUGGUCUGGCAGCUUGAAUAGAAUCCAUUCAUUUCUCUUUUGUUAAUUGAUUUCACAACAUGGUGUCAUGCUAUCUGUCUUCUCUUUAAAACAGAAAGAAAGUGAUGUGGAUGGAUUGUGGGAAUCGCAAAGUAAAAGAAACAUUUCCUUUUGACUUGCUAUCUCGUGUCUUCACAUGAAUAUCAGCCUGCAGUGAUCUGACAGACUGAUAUUUGUUCAAGGGAAGUAGCAGUUUUAAUUUGAGUAACUGCAGCCAGUUUGUCUUUGGUACUAAUAACUUCCAGUUUUAUUUAAUCCCAAACCAAUAUACAUUUUCAGAAGGGAGGAUUGGUACUGAAAGCAAGUCUAUUUUUUGGGAACCAGUGGAA